GCCAAGAUGGCGGGUGAUUUAAAAGAAAGUUACUUUGGAUUUUGAUAUUAUUUUGUCUAUUUCUCCUCAAAAUGUUCAUUGAAACGAUCGAUAAACUCGUCUCGGAAUUCCAGCAACGUCUAGGCACGACGACUAGCAUACCGUGGGGCUGGUUUUUCACUAAAUUAGUGACGCUUUUAUCCCGUUAUCCAACUGGAGUCACGAAAGCUAUCAUGUUAUCCGAGUUGGAGUGUUCGUGGAGAAAGAUCGAGAAACUACAAGCGAAGGGAGGAAUGAAUUCUGCUGAUAGUUUACGGUCAAUUGUUUUAUCAAGGCAUCUUUCACCUCAAGCAGUUUUUGAAGUAUUUUUAAAAGAAGUUAAAAAUGUCGAGGCAACUCAAACACGUGUCGCGGUGUUGAUGGAACACGAGACGUCUUCUGAACACAGCUUUACAAUGGAGAUGUACCUUCAUCAGAAGUUGUAUGGUGAAGUUGAGCAGAUAAUGGCCAAUGGUUAUAAGCUGAGGUUUACUGGGUGUCGGCUUUUUGAUGGCCGUAGGAACAAGUCUUUAAAAUUGUUACCAUCUGAAAGUUUUGUUGUUCUGGUAAAUGAUGGUGCCAUUCACAAUUUUACCACAUUAGAAGGACUUGAUGAGAUGAUUGAUUCGCAAUAUAUCAACAGCAUUAUCAAAGUCAAGGUGUCUGAGAUCUCCAUGAAAAAAUCCAUCCAUUGUCAGAAUGGCCAUACUGCAAACAGGAUAACGGUUCUUGUUAGCGAUGAUAUUGGUAUACAAGCAAAGUUAAACCUUUGGGAAGAAUAUUUGGUUAUGGCAAAGCUUUUUGAAGCAGGAGACACCCUGUUUAUGAAACAGUGCUUUCUCUUACCAGACAAGUCAGAGUGUUUCACGUUAGAAUUUGGUCCAGAGACUAUAAUUUUCUGCCAACCAUUAACCCACGAACAGGAAAUAUUGCCGAGCCAGAGGGAUGGUUCAAAAGUGUUUUAUGUGUCAAAGGAUAACAGAGGAAUGUUGGACUUCUCUAUGUAUCCAGAACGACUGAGUAUUUCAGAGAUCAAUCAGAACAUGAGCAACAUUACAUUGACCGGACAAGUUGUGUCUGUGGGUGUUAGGAAAUUGCUCAGAAGAGAAGGAGUUGAUAUGGUGCAGUAUGAACUAGGCAUAAAAGAUGAGUCUGGAAUAUGUAAGGUAGUUGUUGUUGAACCGUAUAAAGUUGGAGCAAUGGUAUAUUGUGGACAGUUUGUUCACAUGAAAAAUCUUCAAGUUUCUGGUGAAUAUAGUAUUGGUGUGGUGCUUGAUCUCAACACUGAUAAUGGUGGACUCUGGAAUCUUAGCUCUCUGCAAGGAUGGCUGGCAACAUCCCCACUAUGUACCAUAUCAUCACUGGCCUCUCUGGAUCUAGAUGGUUCACCAUUUGUUCUUAAAGGGAUGAUCUCUGACAUACAGCCCAGAGAUGGAAAGAAACAGGUCGUACGCAUCCAUUGUUCUUGCCAAGGUCAGGUUGAUCAUAAUCCAGAUGGACAAUCCAUUUGUGAUAACUGUCAGACUAAAGGAAUGGCAGAGAUAUCUCGGGAUAAUAAAGCUAUACAGUUGUUCAAUCUUGAUGGUUUUUGGUGCUGGCAAUACAAUCUUUGCAUCACUAUCAUGGAUUUUGAGCAUCGUCAAGUGCAAGCAACCAUUACAAAUGAUGUUGGCGAGAAACUGCUCCAGUUAACCCCCAGUCAGCUGCUAGCCCUGGGUGGCGAUGGACAGCGCAGGGUAUUUGAGUGCACAUUAGGCCAGGAAUGUCUUUAUGGAUUCACAAGCUUCAAAGGAAAAUUGUUAGUUAGCGCUGUUAAUCAUGUUUAAAUUCAAUUGAAU